UCGGAAACAAAGAAUAAAUUUAAUGAAAGGACCCACACAGCGAAUGUUAUUUUUAGAGUUUUGUUUACUUUCUUGUACACAAUUUUCGUCGUCGAACCCUUGUGUUGUAAAAUACCGUUGAAACGGAAUGAAAAAAUUUAUUUUUAGAUUUUUCAUUCCAUACAAUUUGUGUUGUCUCUUAAUUAGUCGGCGACGCGAAGAAUUUCAGUGGCACGUUGACAUUGAGACGAAGAGCAUUUUAAGUCUUCAGUCCAAAGCAAAAUCAAAUCAAUACACUCAAAAUGCCGGCUCAUGUGAUUCGAAUGCCGAAUCAAAUCAGUUCGAACACCGGAAGUGGUGGAAUUAACAUUUGUUGUUGUCGCAUAUGUACUUGUGUUAACCUGGAAUUUCUAACAACCAAAAAUGGUUUAUUCAAAUUAAGUGAAGUGAUUCUCGGAUCGCUGUGUCAGACAUUACUGAUACGGUUCGGAUUACCAUAUGCAAAUGACAUCGGUCAAGCAUUCAUUAGUUUUCUAACGACAGUUGCAUCAUGCCUAACAACAGCGUCAAUACUGUUAUUGUGUUAUGUGGUGUCUUCCAAGUCCUUCCAGUUAAUCAGACAAUCACUUUUUGAAGUGGUUUUUAAUGCUGUGUCUUGUUUCUUCUACUUAAGUGCUUCGUCUUAUAUGGGAUUUGCGGUUAACGUAUGGCUUUAUCCAAGAUUUGUUAUACAAAGCGGCUAUAUGGCUUAUCCAGCAAUGACUGCCACUUACUAUGUUGGAGCACUUGUGGGAAUUAUUCAUGGAGUCGAUGCGUAUUGGGCCUACAGAUACUUUCGGGGCUACAGAUAGUUACAGUUUAAAAGUUUCUAGGUAACAAUGUAAUCGUAAAUAAAUGUUGUACAAUUUUUAAAACAUUUUUUU